AUGACUCAGGGAUUCUGGAAAGUCUACAAGUCCAAAGUGCUGCAGAGUCUGGGCAGCGAGGGGCAGGAGGAGGAGUUCCAGGAUGAGAGGAAUAACCCCGAGCUGGUGGAAACCACAGAUGCCCCAGUUCUGAUGGAGGAGGGAUCGAACCCCAUCUCCCAGCUGGCACGAAGGGUCCAGGGGGCUGGCGCCAGAGGCUGGAGGAGCAUGUCAUCUCUGUUCAAUAGGGAGGAUGAGCACAAGCUGCUGACCCCCAAGCCCUGUGCUGACCACCCCCUGGCACCAAAGCCAGCAGAGUUGCCCUCUGCAGAGAAGACGACGUCAGGGUUCUGGGAUGUCUUUGCCACCAAGUGGCAGCGGGCCUCUGCGCUGGACAAGAAGACGGCCCAGCCGGAGUUCAGCGAGCCAGAGGCCGAGUUCAGCGGGGCGCCCGAGGAGCCCCCGGGAGAGAAGGCCUCCUAUUCUAACAACGGCAGCGACCUCCGGGAGCCAGAAGAGAGUGCCUUCACGUGGGGCUUCCUGGUCAGCAAACUGGCUGAGAUAAGGAAUAAAAAUGCCCCCAAGAGUAACUAGAG